CAGCCCCCAGGAGCCCCCGAAGGGCCCCCACCACCAAGCAGGGGGCCGCUGAACACUAGCGCCUCACAGGCUGCUCCAAGGGAGACCCCCGCCCAGCACUGCCUGCAGCCCCAGCUCUGUGGCCAGCCCUGCAGGGGGACGGGUAGGGGGGGGAGCCAUGAUGAUGGGGGAUGGGCCCGCGGGUCUCAGAGCUGCCCCUGGGGGCGCGGCAGGCAGACGCCGCCCCCAGCCUGGCCCCUGUGCCACCUGCCCCCCGCCCCGCUCUCAGAGCUGCUGCUGGCACCCGGCAGGAGGGGGUUAACGGCGCCGGGGCCAGCAGCUGGGCUGGCCGGUGACACGGGUGCUGGCUGCCCCGCGGAGGGGAAAUCCAGAGGGUAGGAGCAGCGGCCCAGCAGACGCCCCGCUCCCACUCAGCACGAGGGAUGGCCCCAAGGAGAGCCCCUCUCCCCGCAGGAGGCCUGGCCCUGGUGGUGCUGCUGGUCUCCUGGGCAGCGCUGGGCCCCUGCGGCCUGGAAGGAGUGGAGCCCACGGCACCAGCAGACCCUGAGGGCCCACAGUGCCCAGCCGUCUGCUCCUGCGGCCAUGACGACCACACGGACGAGCUCAACGUCUUCUGCAGCUCCCGGAACCUCACGCGGCUGCCUGGGGGCCUCCCACCCGGCACCAAGGCGCUCUGGCUGGACGGGAACAACUUCUCCUCUAUCCCCGCGGCCGCCUUCCGCAACCUCUCGGGCCUGGGCUUCCUCAACCUGCAGGGCAGCGGGCUGGCCAGCCUGGAGCCGCAGGCACUGCUGGGCCUGCGUGGCCUGUGCCACCUGCACCUGGAGCACAACCGGCUGCGCGCGCUGGCAGCCCACACCUUCCUGCACACGCCUGGCCUGGCCUCGCUCGGUCUCAGCAACAACCUGCUCAGCCGCCUGGAUGAGGGUCUCUUCCGGGGCCUGGCGCACCUCUGGGACCUCAACCUGGGCUGGAACAGCCUGGCCGUGCUGCCCGACACUGCAUUCCAGGGCUUGGCCGGCCUGCGGGAGCUGGUGCUGGCAGGCAACAAGCUGGCCUACCUGCAGCCCGCGCUCUUCUGCGGCCUGGGCGAGCUGCGAGAGCUGGACCUGAGCCGGAAUGCCCUGCGCAGCGUCAAGGCUAACGUCUUCAUCAAGCUGCCCAAGCUCCAGAAGCUCUACCUGGACCACAACCUCGUGGCCGCUGUGGCCCCGGGCGCCUUCCUGGGCAUGAAGGCGCUGCGCUGGCUAGACCUCUCGCACAACCGCGUGGGCGGCCUCCUGGAGGACAGCUUCCCGGGGCUGCUGGGCCUGCGCGUCCUGCGCCUCUCACACAACGCGCUCGCCAGCCUGCGGCCCCGCACCUUCAAGGACCUGCACUUCCUGGAGGAGCUGCAGCUUGGCCACAACCGCCUGCGGCAGCUGCCCGAAGAAGCCUUCACGGGCCUGGGCCAGCUGGAGGUGCUGGCCCUCAACAACAACCAGCUGCAGGAGCUCCGGCCCGGCGGCUUCCUGGGCCUGCUCAACCUGGCCGUGCUCAACCUCUCCGGCAACUGUCUGCGCGACCUCCCAGAGCAGGCCUUCCAGGGCCUGGCCAAGCUCCACAGCCUGCACCUGGAGGGCGGCUGCCUGGCCCGCCUGGGCCCGCUCGCCUUCGCGGGCCUCUCAGGGCUGCGCCGGCUCUUCCUCAAGGGCAACAGCAUCGCAGACGUGGACGAGCGCAGCCUGGGGGGCCUGGCCGAGCUGCUCGAGCUGGACCUCACGGCCAACCAGCUCACACACCUGCCAGGCCGGCUCUUCCAGGACCUCGGCCGCCUGGAGUACCUCCUCCUCGCCCGCAACCGGCUGUCAGCACUGCCAGUGGACGCCCUGGGGCCCCUGAAGCGCACCUUCUGGCUGGACAUCUCGCACAACCACCUGGAGAUGCUGCCCACGGCCGUGCUCGCACCGCUCAGCCACCUGCGCUUCCUCAGCCUCCAGAACAACUCGCUGAGGACCUUCGUGCCGCAGCCCCCUGGCCUGGAGCGCCUGUGGCUCGAGGGCAACCCCUGGGACUGCGGCUGCGCGCUGGGCGCCCUGUGGGCCUUCGCCCUGCAGCAGCCGGCCUCCGUGCCCCGCUUCGUGCAGGCCCUGGCCGAGGGCGAUGAUGACCGCCAGCCACCCGUGCUCACCUACAACAACAUCACCUGCGCCAGCCCGCCCGGCCUGGCAGGCCUCGACCUGCGCGACGUCGGCGAGGCCCACUUUGCCCACUGCUGACCCGAGGCUGCCCCGGCGUCCCGACGGGCCCUUGCAGCCCCGGGGGGACACAGUUCAGGACCUGUGGGGCCCAGCCUGCUCCCUGAGGGCCUGACCGUGAGGGUCGGGGACACGGCCUCCCCAGCUGUCGUCAAUGAAAGUAACCGAAUAAACGGGGCCGUGUGUGCGGGCAGGGGUGCAGCUCAG